GGGCCUUCGGAUCCCAGCGCCGCACGGAGAGGGGAGGGAGGGGACGUCUCGGGUUAUUUGGAAGGAUAAAGGGCGAUGACCACACCAGCGGGCUCGGGCACUGGCUUCGGCUCUGUGUCCUGGUGGGGCCUGUCCCCGGCGGUUGACCUGCAGGCUGAGAGUCCUCCUGUGGACCCAGACUCACAGGCCGAUACAGAGCACGGGACCCCCGAGCUAAAUGUGCUGCUGUUGGGCUCCGUGGAUGGGCGACACCUGCUACGGACCCUGGCCCGGGCGGCUCUCUGGCCUCGAAGGAGGUUCCGUUUUUAUGUGCUGGAGAAUAAUAUGGAAGCUGUAGCCCGGCACAUGCUGAUUUUCUGCCUAGCCCUGGAGGAUCCUGAGAAGAUGGGGUUGCAAGAGAGGAGCGAGACCUUCCUGGAGGUGUGGGGGAACUCGCUGCUGCGCCCGCCUGUGGCCGCCUUCGUGCGCGCCCAGGCCGGCCGCUUGGCUCGCCUCGUCCCGGAGCCCGAUCGCCUGGCGGAGCAGCUGCCCUGGCUCAGCCUGGGCGCCCUCAAGGAGGGAAGGGAGGAUCAGGUAAGAGAAGCCGCGGUCCCUGCAGCCGCCUCUCCUUCGUUCUGUCUCCACGCGGGCCUGGCCGCGCAGUUCCGCGAGCGCGACGCCCUGGAGGCCGUGUUCCGUUUCUGGGCCGGAGGGGAGAAGGGGCCCGAGGCUUUCCCCAUGAGCCGCCUGUGGGACUCGAGGCUGCGCCACUACCUGGGCUCCCGGUACGACGCCCGGCGCGGUGUCAGCGACUGGGACCUGCACAUGAAGCUGCACGAUCGCGGGGCCCGAGUCAUCCACACCAGUGAGUUCCGGCGCUGGAGGGACACAGGAGUCGCCUUUGAACUCAGAGACGCCAGCGCUUAUCACGUGCCCAACCGGACCCUGGCGUCCGGUCGCCUCCUGAGCCACCGCGGGGAGCGCGUAGCAGCGCGCGGGUACUGGGGGGACAUCGUCACGGGGCCCUUCGUGGCCUUCGGCAUCGAAGCGGACGACGAGACCCUCCUGAGGACCAGCAACGGGCAGCCUAUCAAGACUGCGGGCGAGAUCACGCAGCACAACGUGACGGAGCUGUUCCGAGAGAUGGCCGCCUGGGGGCGCCCGAGAGCCGCCCAGGGAGACCCCGCGCAGGUGCAAGGCGACGCGGAUGGAAGCCCGGAGCCUGCAGCCCCUGUCCCGGAAUCCUUUGCGGUCCACUUCCUGUCCCUCGGUUCUGCCCUGACCCUCCACCACAAGAGCUGCUACAAGGGACGGUUCCAGCUUCUCUACAUGGCUUGUGGGAUGGUCCAUCUUCUCAGCCCUGAGCUCGGGGCCUGCGUGGCCCCCGGAGGACGCCUCAUUGUAGAAUUAGCCCAGUUCCUAGUGGACCUGCGGCAGGAGCAGCUGCAGGGGUUCUCCACCCGGGUCGGGGAGCUAGCACAGGCGGCUGGAUUCGCCCCACAUCCGGGGGCCAGGCGCUCGCAGACCUUCGCGCGCUUCUACAAGGCCGGAAACUCUGCUCCCAGCCACAAGGACCCAGCUGUGGGAUCUGGGACUCCGCCCCCUGGAGUCCUGGCCCCGCCCCUUGAGGCAACCAACCCUCCCCCCGAGGACCUGACCCAGCCCCUUGAAGGCGGGACCCCACCCUCUGAACCCCUCAAACGGCCCUCAGAGUCUCAGGCUUCACUGUUGGAGGCUUUGGUUCCACCCACAGGGAGUCAGACCCCCAAACCAGAGAGUCUGACUGUACCUCCAGAGACCAACUCCCCAAUCCCUAACUUCUAAAGUCGGGUCCUAGAAUCAGAACGCGCCUCUGGAAUACUCAAUUAUACUCCCAGCAUUCUCACUCAGCGCCAGAGGUGUCGCUAGAAUUUCAGAUUCCAUUCCUGGGAUUCUAUAUUUUAUUCCUAGAAUUCUAGAUUGUUCUCUUGAGUUCUACAUUCCACUCCCAAGACUCUAAAACCAGCCUGGAGAUCCGGCCCUGGGGCUCAGGCCCUCUGCGUGGUCCCGUCAUCCCCAGGCAUCCCAUUCCUAACUAGGGGCUGGGGGUGUCUCCUCUCACAGGCUGGUCAACACUAGGGUGGUCCAAGUAAAGAGAGCCAGAUCCUCUUC